AAUCAUUGCCCCGUUGCAUUUUCACGACGUCCUUCCUCUAACCUAAGUAUACAUCCAUGUCUGCCCACUUUGACUGCACCAAGGCCACCUCCUACUUGAAGGAGUUCGAAACCAAGGAUGGUUUGUCCGUCCAUGACUUGAUGAACUCCAAGACGUUUGGUGGUUUGACCUACAACGAUUUCUUGGUCUUGCCAGGCAAGAUCGACUUUCCCUCUUCGGUGGUUUCCUUGGAGUCCAAGUUGACCAAGAAGAUCACCUUGAAGACUCCGUUUGUUUCCUCGCCAAUGGACACCGUCACCGAGGCCGACAUGGCCAUUCACUUGGCCUUGUUGGGUGGUAUUGGUAUCAUCCACCACAACUGUACUGCCGACGAGCAGGCCGCCAUGGUCAAGAAGGUUAAGAAGUUUGAAAAUGGUUUCAUCAGCGACCCAAUCGUGGUUACCCCAACCACCACUGUUGGUCAGGUCAAGACCAUCAGAGAGAACUUGGGUUUCUCCUCCUUCCCAGUUACUGAAACUGGUAAGGUUGGUGGCAAAUUAGUUGGUAUCAUCACUUCCCGUGACUACCAAUUCACCGAAGACGACAAUGUCACCGUUGCCGAAGUCAUGACCAGUGACUUGGUCACCGGCCAGCAGGGUCUUGACUUGGUUUCUGGUAACGAAAUCUUGACCAAGUCUAAGAAGGGUAAGUUGCCAAUCAUUGACAACGCCGGCAACUUGGUUUCCCUUUUGUCCAGAGCCGACUUGCAAAAGAACAUUUCGUACCCAGAGGCUUCCAAGUCUUUCUCCUCCAAGCAAUUGUUGUGCGGUGCCGCCAUCGGCACCAUCGAAGUUGAUAAGGUCAGAUUGGAAAAGUUGGUUGCUGCUGGCUUGGACGUUGUUGUGUUGGACUCCUCGCAAGGUAACUCUGUCUUCCAGUUGAACAUGAUCAAGUGGAUCAAGGAAACCUUUGCGGACUUGCAGGUUAUUGCUGGUAACGUUGUUACCAGAGAACAGGCUGCGUCUUUAAUCGAAGCCGGUGCCGAUGGUUUGAGAAUUGGUAUGGGUUCCGGUUCCAUCUGUAUUACCCAGGAAGUCAUGGCUUGUGGUAGACCACAGGGUACCGCUGUCUUCAACGUUACCCAGUUUGCCAACAAGUUCGGCGUUCCAUGUAUCGCCGAUGGUGGUGUCCAGAACAUUGGUCACAUCACCAAGGCGUUGGCUUUGGGUGCCUCCUGUAUCAUGAUGGGUGGAAUGUUGGCUGGUACCACCGAGUCUCCGGGUGAGUACUUCUACCAGGACGGUAAGAGAUUGAAGUCUUACAGAGGUAUGGGUUCCAUCGAGGCCAUGCAGCAGACCUCCACCAACGCCAACGCUUCCACCUCCAGAUACUUUUCCGAGUCGGACAAGGUUUUGGUGGCCCAGGGUGUCUCUGGCUCCGUUGUUGAUAAGGGUUCUGUCAAGAAGUUUGUUCCGUACUUGUACUCCGGUUUGCAACACUCUUGUCAGGACAUUGGUGUCAAGUCUGUUGACGAAUUGAGAACCGCCACCAACGAAGGUGUUGUCAGAUUCGAGUUCAGAACUCCAUCUGCCCAGUUCGAAGGUGGUGUUCACAACUUGCACUCCUACGAAAAGCGUUUGCACAACUAAGCUGACUAGUCUUAGUUGGACAUUUCUUUUUUUAUCAUCUCUUUCUACUUGCAAUUUGGUUUAUCCUUUGCAUUUAUCUAUAAUUCUCUACACAUUUACAUCUUGUGGUCGGCUCUAGGGGGCCGUGCAUCAUAAAUCUUGUCGUAAACCGGUGGAUAGUGUAUCACGACGGUUCAGAAACUUUCGGAGAGCCAUGCCGAACUUGUAAUAUAUUCAGCUCUCACAAUACUUGUAGGGGAAACGGUUUUAACGGUUUUCUUUAUCUUAAAUCU